AUGUCUGGGGGUGAGGGAGCGGGUGUUAAAGGAUGUUCUGGGGGUGAGGGAGGGAUGAAGGAGGGGAUGUUAAAGGAUGUUCUGGGGGAUGAAGGAGGGAUGUUAAAGGAUGUUUGGGGGUAUGACUGGGGCACGAAUCACAACAAGCAUCACGAGCUCGGCUGUCAGGGCGAGCCCCGCGGGGAGUUCUUGCCCAUGGUCUGGGGCUACUGGGGUCAGAAGAUGAACUUCCCAAGCUCCACCCACAACGUGCUCGGCUUCAACGAACCCAACUACAAAGACCAGUCCCACAUGACCCCUCAAGCUGCUGCCACGCACUGGCGGGAGCUCCAAACAGCGGCCCAAGGGAUGUCCCUGGUCAGUCCGGCCCCAGCUCGAUGUGGCAGUGUUGGGGGACUAUGCACAGAGGAAACUUACAAAUGGCUGGAUGACUUCUUCAAAGCUUGCAGCGGCUGUCAAGUCGACUACGUGGGCGUCCACAGGUACACCUGCAACGCUGACAACGACAUAAGGUUCCUGGAGACUGUGUACCAUCGGUACCACAAGAAGGUGUGGCUGACGGAGUUCGCCUGUCCCUAUUCUUCCUCCCGUGCGCACAUUGAGAACUACAUGAAAGCCAUCAUCCCUCGACUAGAGGCUGCACCGUUUGUGGCACGCUACGCAUGGUUCCAAUCCAGACUAACGCAGGGCAAUAACUUCAUCCACAAUGAUCCUUAG